AUGGAUAACAGUCAGCAGUAUACGGCAGGCGAAAUGGAGAUAAACUCCGAGCUCAUUAUCAAAGCAAAAGAAGCACUAACGACCAAUAACGGAGAGAAACUCACACACUCUGGGAAUUGGCCUCUUCUUCUAAAGGGGCUCGAAGACAUGAACGUUAAAUCUUUGAAAUACACAGCAACCCCCUGCGGGUACUCCCCGCACGAGAGGCCUCUAGACGUGUACUUGGAGUACGGAAUAAUAAAUCUGGAUAAACCGUGCAAUCCCUCAUCGCACGAAGUUGUGUCUUGGAUAAAAAGCAUUCUGCGAUGCGAAAGAACCGGGCACUCUGGCACCCUGGAUCCCAUGGUUUCAGGAUGUCUUCCCGUCUGUCUCAACAAGGCCACUCGAGUGGCUAAGUGCCAGCAGGACGCAGGAAAAGAGUACAUAGCUGUGGUUAAAUUUGAAAAAGACGUAACAAAGCAGCAGUUCAUAGACGCGAUGAAUCUGUAUGUGGGCCCUCUGCUGCAGAGACCGCCUGAGCAGUGUGCAGUGAAGAGAAACCUGAGAAUCAGAAAGGUACACGAGGUAGAGUAUCUUGACUUUGAUGAAAAGAAGCAGCUUGGUAUGUUCAGAGUGGCAUGCGAGGCAGGAACGUACAUCAGAUCGCUGUGCACACACUUGGGGCUUCAUCUCGGGGUGAAAUCAGAGAUGGUGGAUCUGAGAAGAAGCAGAAGCGGAGUUGUAACGGAGAGCAAUCUUGUAACCAUGCAUGAUGUUCUUGAUGCUAAGUAUCUGUACGACCAAAAAAGAGACGAGUCUUAUCUACGUGCAAUAGUCCAGCCGCUUGAAAGCCUUCUUGUUGCGUAUCCAAGAAUCAUCAUAAAGGAUAGCUGCAUCAACUCCAUCUGCUAUGGGGGACAGCUGACAGCCAAGGGCAUUCUCAGAUACGGGGACUUCAACCACAAGGACACAGUGCUUCUAGUCUCGCCCAAGGGAGAGGCUGUGGCGCUAGGCGUGGCACUAGUUACCUCCCCGCAGCUGAGCAUGAUGGAGCACGGGAUUGUCUGCAGAACAAAGAAGGUGAUAAUGUCCAAAGACACAUACCAAAGACAGUGGAAGCUUGGGCCGCAGGCGCACAAAAACGAAGAAGAACGGGAAGAGCAAGAGUCUGCCACAGAAAAGAAACACUCUGAAAACAAAGUAGAGUCCCAUGCCUCCAAGAGCCACGAGAAGAAGGAAAAGAGAAAGGGGUCAGACGAAAGAGAAGGCUCCUUCCUUAAGAAAAGCAAAAAAGAGUUUUCAUAG